AUCUAUGUAUAUUCUCCUGAUCCACAUUAUUCCACUCUCCCUACAGCAGAGCUGGGAGCAACUGGCAUCCACAAGGAGUUUAUUCUCACCGAGCCCAGGGAUUUAAAAGCCUUCUCCAUCCAAGUGGAACUCCAUAAAGCCUGCUUCCUCUGUGCCAGGAAGAUCUGUAAAACAUUGUAGCAUUUGGCAAAGUUCUAUUUAUUUUCUCCCCUAUCACAGACCUGCUGGGCUGCCUUUGUGCAUAUCUACAUAUAUAUAUAUAUAUGUAUUUUUUUUUUUCUUUUGGUGUGUAAAUGUUGCAUGCUUGGGAGGGGUGGGGGGUGCAGUGGAGAUCUUGCAGGCAGGUGAUUGGCGUUUGAGAGAAGAUCAUAGAGCUGCCUCAGUGGGCUUUUUUGCUGUUUAUCUGACCUAAGAGCCACCUACCUACCGACACCAGAACCACCAUGCACAGUCUGAGCCUUGUCUCCUGCUAGAGAUCCAGGAUAAGCCAGGAAGGAAAAAAAAAAGAGGAAGGGGACCUCCUGUAAACUGGCAGCAGAUCCACCAAUUUUGUGGGGUGUUGUUUCUCCCCUAAGGGAUGUUACUGAUUCCCCGAAAUACAGGAGCGUUUUUGCAGCUCCUACACCAAGACAUUGCAUUGUCAUUGAGUAUUAAGUGCUGCAGAACGCAAUGAGGUGCUGGGGUUGGAUUCUGCUGCUAAGCCUUUGCUACCUGCUGUCACCUUCAUCCUGCGAGGAAACAGAGAUCCCCCAGGAGCUGAUCGAAAAACUGUCGCACAGCGAAAUCCACAGCAUCAGCGACUUACAGCGGCUUCUGGAGAUUGAUUCCGUAGGAAACGAUGAGGCUUCAGGAACAAGUUUAAGAACACAAACACACAACCUCCAUCAUAAUAGACAUGUACAAGAGAAGCGUUCUGUGCCGAGCCGCAGAAAGAGAAGCAUCGAGGAAGCUGUCCCUGCGAUUUGUAAAACAAGGACUGUUAUUUAUGAGAUACCUCGCAGCCAAAUUGACCCAACAUCCGCAAAUUUUCUGAUAUGGCCACCGUGUGUGGAAGUGAAAAGGUGCACAGGUUGUUGCAACACCAGCAGCGUCAAAUGUCAGCCAUCACGGAUACACCACAGGAGUGUCAAGGUGGCGAAAGUAGAAUAUGUAAGAAAAAAACCCAAAUUAAAAGAAGUUCUUGUGAGAUUAGAGGAGCACCUGGAAUGCACUUGUACAGCAAAUUCAAAUUCAGAUUAUCGAGAAGAGGAAACUGGAAGGACUAGGGAAUCAGGUAAAAAACGGAAACGAAAAAAACUAAAGUCAUCAUAAUUACCUGGUGGAUUUUAUUUUGCUCGGCAGAUGUGAGGUGAAAAUAAGCUAGACUGUUUCAUCUGGGACUCGGAUGUACACAACUUUGUUACAUUCCUGAAUCUUCCACGUAUGGUGCUUUAUUGACUGUUUUGUUUUUUGUUCUCUUGUGCGCAAAGACUGAAAUAAAUAAAUGAAAUAAAAUGGUUCAAAGGACACUCUGUGAGAACAAAGGAACAAUGUACAUUUUGUUUUAAUGUGACAUCAAAGCAAGUAUUGUAGCACUCUAACAGAGAAGAGACGCUUCCCCUGUCCGAAAAAAAUAACUCGGCUACAAAACAAGAUGGCCGUUGGUUAAAAGGAUAUAUUUAAAAAAAAAAAAGAAAGUACUGAAAAUAUAGCAAGUAAAUAGAUGCAUAACGUUCAAGCAAUGGUGCUUUAUGUCAAGAGAUGUGCCUGCUUUUGCUAACGAAGAUGGAUGGCUAUUGACAGACACAUGGCACAAAAAAGCCAGGAAUGUAUCAAAUGAACAAGUGUCUACACAGAAGCUACCGGAACAAUACAUCCUUGCUCAGUGGUGUUUAAUGUCUUCAAAAAAAAAAAGAAAAAAAAUAUUAAAAAAACCUGGGAAGCCUUAAGGAGGACUUAUUUUAUUUUUUAAUUUUUACUCCAUAAAGUAAUUAUUGAGCUGUGGGGGUAAUUUAAAAUGUGGCUAUGUUGUUUUAGCACUUGUAAAACACCUGCUUUUAAAAUGAGUCAGUUGAUGCAGAGCAUGAGCCGACGCAUUUUAAUAGCAGAGACCUUCAUGGUGUUUAUAGAUUUUUAUUUUUUUUCAAUAAAGUGCAUUCACUCUUGCUUGUUAAAGAUGUUACAAAGUAUUGUUUUGUGUGUUUUGUAAAAAAAAAAAAAAAAAGUUGACAUUUUGCUGAAAAAGUUGUUGUCACCAAUGAGGAUAUAUGGGAAUUAGUAUAUUCAAAUAAGAUGUCCGAAAGAGGCCGCAUGACAAAUUACUCGUGGGGUACUCACUAAACUGGAAAUUGCUGGUAAUUGACAGUGUUAGGUCAAAAUAGCUCAUAUAGAAAAAUAGGUUGUCAGAAUUGUUUCCAAUUUUGCCUACUUUGGCCCAAAAUUAGAAAUUUUCCGCUCAAUUACUAACAGUUCCUAAUUACACAAACGACCCUGGAAAGGACCCCAGAUUUCUGUUUGACAUAAUUUGUAAGACUGUCACAAACAUUAUAAAUUGAAAUUGCAAUUCAGAAUUUAAAACUUUAGUGUAAUUAUUUGUAACGAAACAUCGAAUAUGUUCUUUCUUAAAGUAAAAACUAAAAAUCAUACGUGUAUUUUUACGUAACUGCAAGAGUGAAUUCACUUUUAAUGAAUCUUCCUCGGUCCCUGUUAUCAGAAUUUUUUUUUCUUAUCCAAUAGAGAUUUAUCGCAGAGAAAGCAUAUACAAAAAAAAAAGGCUAUGACUCUAUAGAAUAUUUCCUCUCGUAGGGAGGUAAGCUAAUGAAUUGUAUUCAAAUAAAAACAAAACAAAGGUAUAUGUAGUCCCUUUUUCCUCUACUUUUUUGUUUCAACUGUGUCUGCAUAAUUUAAAUAAUUUUAAAUAAAAUAUUGUACAUUAAUAAAUCAUGGGAUAUCUGUACAACGUCAAACUUGUGCCAGUUGCCUAAUAGUGCUAUUUUUUUUUCUUGCAAUUUUGGUAUGUCAUCAUACACAGUAAACAUUUGCCCAUUGCCAGAACGUGUGAAAUUAACAAUUUAUUCUUGUACUUGCAUUGUACAGUGUCACAGUAGCAACAAGAGUAUUUGCUACUUGUAUUUCAACAAAUUCUAAAUUCUUUAUUUUUGGUAAAAAAAAAAAAAAAUAUGCUUUAUGUGUGUUCAACAGAAAUGUGUUUUUUUCUGUAAAGUUAAAGUUUGUAUUUUUAUCUAAAAUUAACAUUUUUAUAUAAUUAAGAAGGCCUGAUAUGUUUUCUUGAACCAAAAAUGCAUCAUGUAGUCAUAUUUUUGUAGAGCCAUGUCCCUAACAUUCAAAUAUUUUGAGCUACCGCUAUUGAAGGUAAAUAUAUGAGCACAAAGUGUAUGAUAGCUUAUGUUUAACUGCUGUGAUCACAGUCACGAUUGUCUCAUUUUGAAACUUGUUCUUUAUCUUGUGGCCUAAUUCCGAGAAAAAGGAAACACUAGACUUACAUUAUCGAUAAGUAAUUGUUGCUAAUGUAGCUGGCCUCUAAAUGCCUUUGAGCAUGGCAAAGAAUUUAAAACUAUUUUAGACACCACAUAUGAUUUUCAGUUUUCCUGUAUAGAUAUAUUAAUUCGGGUGAACACCUGGGGAAUGUAUGUAAUUAAAAAAAAUUAGCUCUAAUUUUUAUAUAGAUGUUUAGCAUAAUUCCCGAAACUUUACAGCUGCACCAAACAGUAGCUUGUUUUCCUGCAUGCUAACUGAAAAGGGAAAAUAAAUCAUGAAUUUCUUCCUAUAUAGAUGGAUAUACCUAAAUCUUUGUUUUUCAUUCUUAAAUGAUCAGACCUCCUAUCAGCUCUCUCCUCCAUGAGGCCAUCUCUUUGCGCAAGAGUUUGUCCAGUAGUUAUACACUUAUCCAUUUAUCUAUGACCAACCUAAACUUGAUAUCAAUGACUUAAUUAUUUAAGAAUUACUUUCUUAUUAAGUAUUAUUUACCCAGUAUUUACAUAAAUAAAAUAUGUGUUUUGUUCUUUAAUCCCACAUACCAUACAUUUAACUCUGACAAGUCCCUUUCCUAAAUUUUAGCCAUGGUGACCUGUUCUUGGCUGGAAUACUCAUGCCUACCAAGCACAAAAAGAAGGUAUUUUACCGUGAGAGUGUAGAACAGAGAUAGGCAACCUUUGGCACUCCAAAUGUUAUGGUCUACCCCUCCCACCCUCCAAUGCUCUUACGACCUUAUUACAGGCAAAAGAUUAGGGGAAACGUAGUCCACAACAUCUGGUGUGCUGAAGGUUGCCUACCCCUAAUGUAGAAGCCAUUUUGGUCAGAACAGAUUUAUUGUAGCAUUCCAUUAUGACUGUGGCACAUCUAACUUUUUCAAUGUGGGUUAUCCCAAAGUAGAACUCAUCUAUACCCAGUGUGGUAAGCAGGUAUUUAGGGAACUCUAUCAAAUGUGCGCGUAAGCCUGAGGUAGGGGUGGGACUAUGUUCCUUAGGAUUUUAAGUCAAAUAAACAACCAAUAUGCGUUUACGGAAUGUUUGUUUUCUGUAUCUUCGUGCCUAGAUACACUAUAGAGGUGCCUUGAUGAUGGCUUGGGAUAUUCUAGUAUUUACAAUUACUGUUACGAAUGAACCUAAUUUAAUUUUUAGAGUAAGAGUAGAUCAUCUCUAACCUACUCAGGCUGUGUGCCACCUGUAACAUUUCUAAAAUACAUUUUAGCCGGGUUCCUGUUGAGUGUUAGUUGUUGCAGUUCAAAUUUAUAUAUGCUAUACUUAAAAAAAUAAAUACAUUAUAAAACCUCACAAUAUAUCUAAAUGAAAUGAAGGUGUCAUACAUUUUCAGAGCUUUUUUCCGGAGAGAGAAAUGCAUUUAGUUGUAUAUAAUCCUGAUGAGAGAGACCUUUCCCCACGUUAGUGAAUGAGCAACAUGAAAUUUGGAAUUUGUCACACCUAUAUAUUUUCUCAAAAUGCUGCUUCUUUUAUUAAUCGUUGGUUAAAUAUUAUGCCAUGGGUGGCACUGCUGCUGUUUGAAAGACGUCUUUGAGAAUUGCAGAUAACUCUGAUGAAGAUAGUAUCUGUGUGGCAAAAACUACAAUUCAUUUAAUUGUGGCUCCAAAAAUUGCAUAUAUAUAUAUCAUGAAAAUUUAAUACAGAAGGCCACCCGAGCUUCAUGGAUAAUGUAAUUCAUGGACAAUAAUUAAGCGUAAAACAUUUCCAGUUCAUUCAUUUUUCCAAAAUUAGCUGUUGAGACUGGCUCCAUAUCUCCAGCAAGAUACUGAAAACCUGCAUUGUUGAUUGAAAAUUCCGUAAAGGAACUCAAUGUAUUAAUUCAGCAGCAUCUAUUGCUGAGAUACAUAUUCUAUGAUCCUGUGCUAGCAUUAGCUUUUGUGUGCAGGAUUGUGUACAUCAUAUUUUGGAAAAAGCCGGAGACUUGAUUAUUUUUGCCACAUUAAAUAGGUUUGAGAAAAGCGUAGAUUUCAGUGAAAAGGGAAAGAUCAAAUUUAUAAAAAAAUAAAUAAAGCUAAAAUACUUCCAACGGCAAAAUAUUUUAUUAUUCAAUAUUUUCAAAUAAAUCAAAUAAAACACAUAAUUCAAACUAUGUAUUGUAAUUUCUUAUUUAAUCAUACUUUUUUAAUAUAAUGAACAAUGAAGGUUUUCUUUAAAACAUAGUUUUACAUUUCUUUUGAAUACAUUUUCAACAACUCUUUGUUGUAUUGCUUGUGCACCAAAGACAGACACUCUUUUUUCCCUUCAUUAUAAUUUUUUAUUUGUCGUUCAUUCCCAACUAAGUUACAUUCUGCUCCAAAACUGGAAGUGCGUGUAUUAAAUUGUGUGUGCUCUUUUGCAAUUAAGUGUACAAUUCAUAAUGUUAUGCACAUGGAUGUAUGUGUCUGCGUACAAGAAAC